AUGAAUAAAUAAUAAUGUUGUUAGUAGUGCGAGAACGAUGAAAAUGUUUUAGUUUGUGUUAAGUGUACAUAAGGGUUGUGUGAAGAAUGUUUCAAAUAGUUCGGAGGGUAGGAUUUUGAAGCCUUGUGUCCUGUUUGCUAGAUGCUCAGUGUUUUCAGGUAAACUUAGGUGGAGAUCUGUGAGGCUUGUGCAGACAUUCAUGAGAGUGAGUAGGAGGAGAUGGAGUGUCUUUAUAAAUCAAUGAAUUUAAUGAAGGAGAAGAUGAAUUAACUAUUUUUAGUUGGAUAACAAAGGUUGAAGAGAGUAGAAUUAUUGAAAUAAUAAAUAUAAAUAAAUGAAAAUGAAAUUAAUAUGAUCAAAGCACAAACCUAGAUUUUAUGA